GGUUAUUGCGCGUGCGCACAGUCACCGCGCACACUCACCGGGUGUCAGUGAGGCAGUCCCGGGUUGAAGAGGGGGCAAGGUAUUGCAUCUACCCAACGAAGGUUAUCACAGUAUCAGUGCAAUCCUGGACACCACGUGGAUCAGAGAACUGCAGAAGCCAUGCAUGUCAAGUUGUGGUGUGCAGCACCUGUGGUGCUGCUAGCCCUCGUACUUGGAGGCUACGCUCAGACCUUGGGUGGUGUGUUCAAAUUCCUCCUCGAAGGGGUCAGACACAGCAACUUGGAACCCAAGGAUCGAAACACGUUCCUCAAGGAGUACGACUUCAUCGUGGUCGGCGCUGGCUCUGCCGGCUGUGUGGUCGCCAACAGGCUCACUGAGAAUCCAGAAUGGAAAGUUUUACUUAUUGAAGCAGGUCAAGAAGAAAACUAUGUUAUGGAUAUUCCAAUUGUGGCCAACCUACUGCAGUUCUCUGAUGCCAACUGGAAGUACACCACUGUGUCGUCCAAGACGUACUGUUUAGCAAUGGACCAGCAGCGCUGCAAGAUCCCUCGUGGUAAGGUGAUGGGCGGCAGCAGUGUCCUCAACUAUAUGAUCUUCACUCGAGGCAACCAUCGUGACUACGACCAAUGGGCCGCAAUGGGCAACAAAGGCUGGAGCUUCCGUGAUGUUCUACCCUAUUUCAAGAAGUCUGAGGACAUCGACAUACCUAGCAUGAUGGGAGAUACCAAAUACCACCACCGUGGUGGGUACCUCACCGUCUCCAACCCUCCCUUCCGUUCCCCCCUCGGCGUGGCCUUUGUCCAGGCUGGUCUUGAGACCGGCCAGAGAUAUGUGGACUACAAUGCUGCCACACAACCUGGCUUUGCUUACCAUCAGGCCAGCAUGAAAAAUGGUACAAGAUGGAGUACAUCAAGAGCAUUCUUGCAUCCGAUAAACAACAGGAAAAACCUUUUUGUGACCAAAAAUAGCCAUGUUACCAGGGUCAUUAUAGAUUCUACUACAAAGCGUGCAUCUGGUGUAGAGUUUGUGAAGAAUGGUCGUAAGUACUAUGUAGGAGCUCGUAAAGAAGUGAUCCUAAGUGCGGGUGCCAUCAAUUCUCCACAGAUACUGAUGUUAUCAGGGGUGGGUCCUAAAAGCCAUCUGGAGAGUCUCAGAAUACCUGUGAUCAAGAAUCUUCCUGUGGGAGACAACCUACAGGAUCAUGUAGCUCUGGGUGGCAUGACUUUUCUCGUGAAUGACUCUGUUAGUAUCAAGGUAGAGAGAGUACUGCAAGACACUGCUACUGUGAACAACUUCAUCAACUACCACAAUGGCUGGCCUUCUAUUCCAGGUGGCUCUGAGGCAAUUGGUUUCUAUGACCUGCAAAAUCCAAACAACCCUGAUGGAUAUCCAGAUCUUGAAUUGCUUUUUAUUGCAGGAACUUUAUCAGCUGAACCUACCCUUAAAAAGAACUUUGGAAUCUCAGAUGCUAUCUACAAUUAUAUGUUCAAAAGUACUGAGCAACGAGACGGUUUCAUGGUCUUUCCUAUGGUGCUUCGUCCAAAAAGCAAAGGAUCUGUUAGGCUAAGAGACAGAAAUCCAUUUCACAGUCCCAUCAUAGACAUGGGAUACUUCUCGGAUCCUUCAGACUUAGAUAUUCUUGUUGCUGGUGUCAGGAAAACUCAACAGCUUAUUAACACCAGGCCAUUCAAAAAAUACAAUGCCCAGUUGUUAAGAUCUGUAAUCCCUGGAUGCAGGCAGUUCAAAUUCAACUCAGAUGAUUACUGGAAGUGUCAUGCGAGACACUUUUCAUUCACCAUCUACCAUCAGUCAUGCACCUGCAAAAUGGGACCUGCUCAGGACCCGACAUCUGUGGUGGACUCCAGGUUACGAGUGCACGGAAUCCGUGGGCUGAGGGUGAUAGAUGCAUCCGUGAUGCCUAAGAUCCCAGCAGCUCAUACAAAUUCCCCCACUAUCAUGAUUGGAGAGAAGGGAUCGGAUAUGAUCAAGCAGGACUGGGGCAUCCGGACAUGAUCUGUUAAUCAGCCACCUAGGCUGCCGGAUCCCCCAACACCUCAACUUGUGUGAUACUAGGUUAAGCUCUCCGUUCUCAACAAAUUGACAGCAUGUGAACUUAGGCUCUCCACACACACUUGAACUUAAUUGCCAUUGUGUGAAAUAUAUUGCCAUAGUUUAAUAUGUUAUUGUUGUAGCAAAUAUUAUAGUUAAUAUUAAGUUUUUAGUUUAUACAAACUAUGCUGUGUUAUUAUUUUAUAUGAGAUGUCUGAUAGAACAUCAUAGUAGUGUAGAUUAAUAAGAUGAAUUUAUUAGUAAAAAAUUAAAUUAACUAUGCAAGAUUUUAUUGAAUCACUAAUCUUUAAUUUUCACUAUUAAUACACGUAACGAAUUAUUCUGAAACAUGAGUCAGUUCAUAUUCACAUUUUUCAGUUCAUAAUCAUUGCUAAUACCUGUACAAUAAAAAAAGCUGUUUUACAAAACUUAUAAAAUCAUAAAUAACUUAAAUAAUGUUACGGUAGUUUGUUUUGUAUUAUGUACAAGUCAGUCAAUAUUCAUUCCACUUGAUGAUGUUUAGCUUAUUCACAUGUUUUCAAUUAGAAGAGUGUUCAGAAAACAUAAAAUAAAGAAUUAUUUUAAUGAAAAUAAAAUAUAUGUAUAAAAAUACACUAUCCGGAGAAUUUUCAAACCUAAGUCAGAAAAGUUUAAACAUUUUUGUAUUUUAUAUUAUAUUUAUCAGUAAAUUAUGGGUUUCAUCUACACUGUAAAUGCAAAAAAUAAAACCUUUAAUAGUAUAAAAACCGAUAAAUUUAAUUAUAAAAAUUAAAUAAAACAAUAAAUUAUUUUAAUGUGAUGCAGCAAAUUUCAAUGCUAUAAGUGACACCAAUGGUAUAAAAAUGUAAUUUCCUCUACAAUAUACAUGAGUACAGGACAUAUCUAUGUAUAAUUGUAUUUAUAUCUAUUUAUACUUUAAACUACAAUAAGAAAUCACAAAUAACACUACAGGAAGUACAAACAUUAUUAAGAGGACACACAACUAACAUUAGGCUUAUUAGAGUAAAUCUUAGUAUAAAUUAUAUUUGACUUGGCAACCUGGGGACAGUCUUCUUGUAAAUAAAGAAACAUUUGGAAAACCACAUCUGGAGUUGAUGGUCAUGAUGUUAAAAACAGAUAGAUCGUUAUGACUGAUCAUAAUAUUAGACAGAUCGAAUCAAAUGUAAAUAUUAUACUCUUUAUUACAUAGAACCUUUAACUUCACAGAAUUUAAAAUUUAGACACUCCGAUAAAUAUUUUCAAAUGAUAACAGCAUAAACAUAAAAAUGCUGUUGAAAUGUUUGUUAUAAGACCUACUUAAGGAAAAAUUAAGUGGUGUAUGUACUGUCCAGAAGUUAAUAUAUAAAUGAAGAUCAUUUUAUUUACAAUAUAGUAUUAAAAAAUAUUUCUAAAAUAAGGAUAAAUAUUGUUCCUUGUUCAUAUGACAUUAUAAAGGAUAAUUUAUAUUAAUUAUUAAUUUAUAUCUUAGUAAGAUUGUGUUUAUUUAUUGUUUAUGAUUCAAACCAAACUUACAUACAUGUAUUGUAAAUAUUAAACCAAAUGAUUUAUUAGAA